AUGGAUGGUGAUUCUUCCCCGUUACCCAUGGAUCCCGGUGAUCCAAUGAAUACGGAUAUACAAUUAUCCUCUUCAGCCAACCAGGAAAUCCAAAACGUGUCGCGUAUGCGUCCUCUUCUCUCGCGUAUGCGUCGUUCCUCUUCCCCCGGACCACUGCCAAGUGUAGACGUGUAUACCGAUAGCUGGAGAUUAAAUAUUGCCGCGUUAAAUCACAGCGUCGGAUCAGUGUUGCGCGCGCCAGCGCCGUGUGUACACGCGCCCAAAGUGGUUCCCGGGUGUUUUAACCCCACGUUGUAUGGGUCGUCGUGA